UUCAAAAAAACUGAGUUAGGCAUGCAUAUGCAAACAACUGUCUGCGACACUAAAAAGUAAGCAGAUGAUCCACCCUUUUUUAAAGGCCUUUUUAACUAGAAACAAGCUCUUUGAAUAAAAUAAGGGUAGCAGUGUCUCACUGGGAAGAUACAGAGAACAACCGUUCGAUUUAUGAGUACAAGAAGCACUGAAAAUUCCAGAAUGAGUCUUCUGACUAUCGGUCGAAGCACCACUUUAACUCCUCCUCCUGUCUCCAGUUUAGACUCCCCAAGAAAGAGUUCUCCCAUCAUGGUUCUUCCUGCCAGCAGAAACUCCAGAAAGGGCCUCUCCACUCCAGGGAGUGACUGCUUGGCUUUGAUGUGGCCCACUGCGGAUGAUGACAAAGGACAUUGUCUCUCUCCUGUUUCUCCCUCCAUAAAGACUCAUUUGGGUGGAACUCUGAUGGAUAGCAGUCAUGAGCACAGUGAUAUGACGAUCCAGACUCCACAUGGAGAGGGCUCAGUGUCUCUGGAUAAAACAACAGAAGUUUUACUGUGUCCAUCUGGUAAAACUGUAGUGAGGUUGAAGGCUUCCAUGGAAGCUGUUCUACCGUCUCCAUCUGAUAAAGGGUCACCAAGUAUGAUCAAACAUCUCUCUCUUCCAUACAGUCCAAGCUCAAAGCCAUCUUCUCGUAACUUCAUGGGGUCGGAUUCUUCUCCAUAUUCUCGGUUAGGAGGGAUUGGAAAUUCUUCGUUAAAUUUUCCAGGUCGCAGCCUUCUCUUUGAUUCCAGUGAAAAGCCUUCUAGCGAUAGUCUUCCACCAUCUGCUCUAUCAUCAAGUCCAAGUAGAGAAAUCAGCAGUGGAGGUGACACGCCACUUUCAUCUCUUAAGAAGAAGGGUCCUCGCAGGCGAAAGAUAUCUGGAAAGGACAAGGGAACCAAGGUGAGGUUUGCAGGAGGAGCCACAGAGAUCUUGGAACAGGAUCAUCCAGAGGAUGAUCUGAUGAUGACUCAGAGUCGUUGUCCUUGCUUUAAAUGUUUCAUCAUCAUGUGUUUUGUGGUGCUUUCCUUGUCUGUGUUGUUCUACCUCAGCCUGUGGAUUGUUGCGCAGCACCGAGGUAAUCCUGUCAUCGUUGCUGGUGGAGAGAGUCUUCACUCCAUCCUCCAGUCCCAAGUUUUUGGACAAUCCAUUGUUGUUUCACAUCUACCGCAAUUGCUGUCGGGAAUCCUUUCAAAAGAUGUAAGGGAUAGGACACUGGUUCUGAUGUUUCAUGGCCAAUCGGGUGUAGGUAAAACAUUUGUGGCCGAGCUUAUCGGAAAUAAGAUGUUUCCGGAGGAAGCACAAUCCCAAUGUGUUUACAAGUUCCUUCCAUCUUUCCUGGAAGUCAGAGAACACCUUGUGACAGCAUAUGACUACUCCAUUGCCCUAGAGGAUUUCAUCGAUAACGGAAAAUCCAACUACAGGACAUGUCCAGUGGGGUUGUACAUUAUCGAAGACAUAGACUAUGGUAGUUCUUCCAGCCUCUUGGAGGCAGUUGCAUUGACUUUACCAGGAAUUCGAACGAGACAGGCAGCACAGGAGCAAAAAAUGAUUUUCUUUCUUAUGACCAAUCUGCAAAGUGAAGCCAUAGGAGACUACCUUCUGUCACAUUUAGAACAGGGCAACAACAGAGAGGAUAUAACUCUGAAAGAACUUGAACCAAUCAUGACUAAAGUACCUUACACUCAGGAAUAUACAGCAGAGAGUGAAGCUUCUGAAGACCAUGAUGUCCAACGUCUUGAGGUCCAUGACAAAUUAAUGGCAGUCGUGGAUCACCACAUUCCAUUUCUUCCUUUAGAAAGAAAGCAUGUCAUCAUGUGUAUUCAGCAAACAUUGAGCUGGAAGAAUGUGACUUUGAAUGAAAAUGAUGUUCAAUGGAUUGCUGAUAAACUUGUAUUCUACCCAGAAAAUAACCCAGUAUUCUCGACGUCAGGAUGCAAGAAAGUAGAAGAAAAAGCAAGUCUGUUUUCAAAGUAUGCCCAAACAUAGUACUUGACAAAGUUUAUGUUUCAAAUUCAUGGUUGAGACCAGAUUGUGACAAGAUAGUUCCAUGAAAUGAUAAACCAUUGGUUUGUCCAAACCCUGUUUUUUUUUUCCUCAACUUUUACUUCAUUAAAAUAAACUGCUCAAGACAAUAAUUUGAUAGUUUUCUGACUUUUCACAUUAACUAGUUAAUCAGAGAAAAAUGGGAGACAAAUCCUUUAAAGUCCUAAAUAUAGGGGGUCAGAUAUACAAUGCAUCAUGGAAUUUAGCCCUGCAGUAGUAUUAGAUGCAAAAAAAUCUAAAAAAUUAUUUCUUACUGGUGCUACUUCAGGAGUUAUAUUACAGGAGAAACUUGUUCGUAGUCUUAAGUUUCACAUAGUUCAUUGCACGUAUGUUACUGAAUGUUGAAAAUGUCUGAUAGGGGUCAGACAUAAUAAAUAUAUAGAGCUGCUUUACAUGAUAGAGUGAAAACUAUUGAAUAGAAUUUCUUUUCAGCCUUUCGAGGCGAGGCAUUCAAUUAUAAUGAAAAAUUAUAAUACCGGUACCCGUGAAUAUUUUGUUCUCCGUACAAAUGAGAUACAAUGGUCUUUAAUUUGAUAAAGGUAAGAAGCUCAGGAUACCAUUGGUCAAAAAGUUGAUACAUACUGGUAGUAACAUUGAUCAUUGGAAAAGAAAAGUGUGUGACCUAUAUUUAGAAGGACUUUUAUGUAUGCAUCUCUGAGCCAUUAUAGUCAUGGUGAUUUUGCUCAGUUUGUUGUACAUGCAAUAUAAAGCUGUCGGCUAUCAAGAUUCAAUAUCAGGGCCCCAGUGCAUAAAAGUUACUACUAUGGUAACUUUGCCAUGCAAUAAUAUCUACCAUGGUAACAAGGCUCAUCAUCAGCCAAUCAAAAUCAAGGAUUCCAUGAAAGAUACCAGCACAUUGGAUCAGAAAGUAUGGUAACUUUUAUGCAACAGGGCCCAGACAUUUGAAAUGUGGCAUAUGUGGAAAGAUGUUCUUUGGGCUAAAUAAGUGUGCCUUGAUAGUACUGUUAGUUAAAGAAAACAUGAGUGCCCAGUUGAUAUAAAACCGAGGAUGGGGGAUUUAGCCAUAAUCCAGAUGAUUCAAAUUUCAUUGCGUACACACACCGAAUACCAUUGUUGAAGUCAAAAGUAAAUGGUAGCCAAGGGCCACCUAUGCAUCUUUCACAAUGAUAUUCCCAUAGUUUCUUGUUGUUGGUCUAUGACCACUGAGGAUAAGUGGGGUGAGAAGGCACUUUUGUGAUUUCUGCAUAUAAUAAUGUAUCUUACUUUUUGUAAGAAAUCUUACUGAUCCUUGACAUUUGCUCUGGCAACAAUUGCUCCGCUAUAAAUUCCACACACUAUAAAUUGAAUGAGACUUAAACUUAACCCUACAGGUAUUUAAUACAACACCCUACCCUGUAAAUCCUUAUUGCAACCCCGACUCUAAUCUGUUAUUUACAGUUGGUCCAAUGCCAGUUUGUCCAAUUACCAACUACCAAAUCGUCUAUUAUCAUUUGGUCUACCAUCAUUUUCGUCCACUAUUCACAUGAUCUAAUUGCCAUUUUCUCCAGUCACUAUUUCCCCUCAUAACCAGGUGAUCCAAUGACCAUUUAGUCCAUAUACCAUUUUGUCAAAUUGGAUGAAGUGUUAAUUGGGUGAAGUAAAUGAAAGUUGAAUGGAUCUUAGACCAACUGGUUACGAGAUGAAAUGGUGAUUAGACAAAGUGAAGAUAGGACCAAAUGUUUGUUACAGGAAAUGUUGGAUGGAAUGGAAUUAGACUUGAGGUAGACCAUGUGAUAAGUAGACAAGAUGACAACAGAUGAAUCGGCAAUUUACCCCCCAAACCCUACUUAGAGGAAAUAAAGCCUGGAGUAAUUGUUGCAGGAGCAAAUGUCAUCACUGCCUUACCAUUGUGUCAAGUCACUGUCACCAGACUUGACACAACCAAGGAAGCAAGUUUGGACUGUAAUUAUUCAGGUUGUAUUUAAUUAUGAUUUGUAGAUAUAUGAUGUAUAUCAAAUGUUGAUUAAUAAAGUAAAGAUU